AUGCCGAUUCCGAAGGAGAUCGUCAAUUGGGGGAUUUUGAGCGAGAUUGUCUCGAUGGAUGAGGACGAUCCAGAGUUUUCAAAGAGUUUGAUCAUUCAGUUCAUUGAUCAGGCACAAACGACUUUUGAACAGAUGCAGAAUCAAUUGGAAGGUCCAAAGGAAUUGAAGGCAUUGGCAGAUUUAGGACAUUUUCUGAAAGGUUCUUCCUCAGCGUUGGGUUUACAGAGGAUCGCAUGGGUUUGUGAAAGAAUUCAGAACUUGGGCAGGAAGAAAGAAAAUACUCUGCCGGAGAAAGAGUUUCUGGUUUACCAGUCGACUUUGGAGAUUCCAAACCAGGGCAAUUAUUAUGACAGAAGAAUUGGCGAUGAUGCGGAUGACGAAACUUAUCUCGCGCUCAUCGCUAGGGCGUUGGAACAAGCUCGUUAUGAGUUUACUUUAGCGAGAGGAGAGUUGUCCUCGUACUAUGGUUGUGAGUUGUAA